UAAUGGUCACAUUGGCAGUUGUUUGGUUUGGCGUUUAAUAUUUAGAUAUUUUGGCCGAAACGAAUCUGUAAAUAUCUUAGGAAUAAUAAGAUGUUCAUGAAAUUCCCACUUUUAAAGUGAAAGCCAAUGACCUAAAGAGUUCUAUGUGAAUAGUAUUUUAAAAGUAGGCCAUUUGCAGUCUAACGGAUUUGGUUACCGGAUUUAGUGAAGUGUGAAUUUCGAAGUGUUGAAUUCAUGAUAGAAGAAGUUAGUGGUCAUGGCAGAAAAUGAUGAUUAUUUAGAGACGAUUGACAACAAUCAUUUAGACGGGACGAACGGAUCCCUAAACAUGACUGACAAUAGUCUUGGAGGUGGUGAUGAAGCUGCUGGUAGUGAAGUGCCAGAUUUGGCGGCAAUCAAAGCCCGUGUGCGGGAAAUGGAAGAGGAGGCCGAAAAACUAAAACAAAUGCAGACUGAGGUGGACAAGCAGAUGAGUAUGGGUAGCCCACCAGGACUCACAAGUCCAUUAAACAUGUCCAUCGAGGAGAAGAUAGAGGCAGAUAACAGAUCAGUGUACGUCGGCAACGUGGACUACGGCGCCACUGCUGAGGAGCUAGAACAGCACUUCCACGGAUGUGGAUCUAUUAAUAGGGUUACGAUAUUAUGUAAUAAGUUUGAUGGCCAUCCUAAAGGAUUCGCCUACAUAGAAUUUGGGGACAAAGACAGUGUCCAGACAGCAAUGGCUAUGGACGAAUCGUUAUUUAGAGGGCGGCAAAUUAAGGUGAUGCCGAAGCGCACGAACAAGCCAGGCUUGUCGACGACGAACCGGCCGCCGCGCGCCAUGCGAGGCCGCGGCCGCUCGUUCCGCGGGGGCUUCUCACCGUACUACUCGGGCUACCGGCCCGUGCGCCGCGGCAGAGGUUACAGGCGCGGCAUGUAUUACUCUCCGUACUGAGUGCGGUAGAGGGGGGGCGCCCCCGCCGCCGCGCGGUAGCUUUGUGCGAGUGUGCGGUAUAGCUAAGUUAGUGUGUGGACGCCGGGACGUCGACCUGACUAUAGCUGCUCGCCCGCGCCCUGCGCCACUGGACUCUAGCUCUACCUUUUACCUUUACUUUCUAAACGUCGUCUGUUACGAUUAUGUAGGUAAGGAAAAUAUACGGACUCCGGUGUAUUAUGACGGAUCGCGUUAAGGAAAUAUGAAUUUUAUUUUUAUUUGUAUAAAAUUACUGACAUGAAGUGACUGUUUUGAAAAUGUGCUGUUUUGAUUGUGAACAAAAAAUACUUCAUAGGACUCGAUUAUAGGGAAGUGCAUAGAGUAAGUAGUCUAGGAUAUAGAUAUUGAAAAUAUACCAUGUAAACUUCCACUGCUGAUCGGCUGUAUGUUUGAUUCUGUACCUACACUUAGAUAAGGUUGAAAUGUCGUCUUUGAUUCUGGUUUUGUAUUAUAUUUGCCUUGAAGAUGUCAUAAUUUUUGUGAAUACAUAUAGUAUUUUGGUAAUCAUUGUUCAUAUCGCAGUUUAGGUGUUUAGUGAAGUAAGGGUCAUAUUGUAGCUAUUGUGAGUGCCACAAGGCUGUUAGGAAUGCUAGUAUACAGUUAAUUCGCAGUAUGAAGUAUUUUAGAAAUGUAAUGAUCGGUGAUCAUAUCGAAUGUACGUGCAACAUUGUCGUGCAGUGUUCCCACCAACGUGCAUGGAUCGCGCCGCCUCGCGCCUGCCUCUAGGAAUAGUUAUAUUACGAAACGCUAACAUAGGACUUUACAGAAAUUAAAUAAUUUGUUUCUAAUAUCAUGUAUUGACAUAGUUAGUUACAUUUUCACUUGUUUCAGAAUUACUAUAAUUUGUGACUGUAUCUACAUUGUGUUUUGUUAUUUCAUCUCAAUGUUUGUGUAUGAUAAUGUUUUCGUGAUAGUAUUAGUUUGUAUUCGUCCAGAUUAUUGUUUAUAUUUUAAAAUAUUACAAUAGUAUUUAAAAUAUUAUUGAAGUAUUAGAAAUUAAAAAAUUUGGUUGCUUUUAUUUGGUAUGUAUACUAAUUGUAAUUCGUAUUUAUUCUUCUUAUUGUAAAGUACAAUGUACACGUAUGAACAUUUAUAAUACAUGCCUGUAUAAUAAUUGUUUCGUUUUCUAAAAAAAAGGUAAAAUUGCACUUUGAAAAGCUCGAAAGAAACAAGUGAAAGGAGAAAAAUGAAAUGAAAAUAAUUUAAGAAUAAUUUUAAGAACGGA